GUUGACAGUUGUUGAUACCAUCACCAGGAAGUACACAUCUCAAGAUAACGAGCGAGAGUAUCAGUUCAUCGUUGGCAUCUGCCAGCCUGUCAUUGAAGGCACGACAGUGGCAGUGGUGCAGCAGAAACUGGAUGCCAGUGGAAAAGUCAAUGGAGAUAUCAACACCUGGUCAAAUCUGGGGAACCUUAAGGACACAGAUAUCAUGCUAGGCACUGACUGGCUGUUUCUUGAGUAUAGAGGUGGAGAUCGAUAUACGUCUCAUUGUGGGACAGAAAAUAAGCGCACAGCCAUUAUGAUAAGUUGUGAUGAAAAUGUUGAUGAUAACACAGCUAAGAUGACAUUUAUAGAAGAAAAGAAAGCCAAAACAGACAGCUGCUACUAUCUGUUUGAGUUGAAACAUCAGGCUAUUUGUUCUAAGUACUCAUCUACAUCUAGCUCAGGCCUAAGUGUCGGCUCAAUUAUUGUUAUUGCGAUGGCUGUGAUUUUGUGUGCAGGACUAAAGAACGGAGACACACUAUUGGUGGUCUAGGUGACGACCAGCUGGACGUCCCAGAGAUGAGAGAUGAAAAUCUUCUGCCAAUGUAGCCUGAGCACUGCUAGAUGGGGGACUUGUUAGUACUGUAACAAUAGCACUCUCAAGUAAGACAUGUGUAAUGUCACAAUAGUACUCUCAAAUAGGACUUUUGUGAUGAAUGUUGAAUAAGACUUGUGCAAUGAGUGAUUGGGUCAGUGAUAUUUUUUAAAAACAAUUUUUUAUCUAUACCCAUUCCGAUAUUAGUAUAAAUCUAUAUAUAUAUAUAUUCAUAAAUAUUAAUUAAGAUUAAAAGCAACUAUACUGUUCUACUCUAACCAAGUUGAACUCAGUGGUGAACACACACCAUCUCUCUUGUUGAAAGUUGUCAAACAGGUGAUGACAGAAUGUCAAACAGCUGAUGACAGAAUGUCAAACAGCUGAUGACAGAAUGUCAAACAGCUGAUGACAGAAGGUCAAACAGCUGAUGACAGAAUGUCAAACAGCUGAUGACAGAAUGUCAAACAGCUGAUGACAGAAGGUCAAACAGCUGAUGACAGAAUGUCAAACAGCUGAUGACAGAAUGUCAAACAGCUGAUGACAGAAUGUCAAACAGCUGAUAGCUGAUUGUUUUGCUGCUGAAUACAUUCCAUUUGUACAGUAUUUUUAUACAUUUUUUGAUUGUCUGUGUUGGGUUCAUCAAUGUCUAGGGGUAUAUAUAUAUAUACUAGCCGUCCCGGCCAGGC